AUGGAGGGGUCGUUCGAGUCGUACAAGGAGAAGGUGCUGCUGGGCGACGUGGCGUGGGACACGUACGUGACGGCGAAGCUGAUCACGGGCACGGACUUCCAGCUGCUGCGCCGCUACGACCACCGCUCCAAGGAGGUCCAGGCCGCGCUGCUCGAAGAGAACGGCGUCGGAUACGUGCGCACGUUUAUAUCCGUACUGAAGAAUGUAUUCAAAGAGGAGACCGUGGAGUACACCAUUGCUCUCAUCGACGAGCUUUUAACAAGGGACAAGAAGAGGGCGCGCUUGUUCCACGAUCCAUCCAUAACGGACGAUGUCUAUGCGCCCUUCAUCAGACUGUUGGGGCACACCAACUGGUUCGUGCUGGAAGCCACGUCGCGGAUUCUGCCCCUCAUCAUUGUCUCUCGCCCGCACAGCUCUUCCGCGCCUGCAGCAGCAGCUGGGGCAGAGACGCCCGCAUCCCCCCCAGCAGGCGACAUAGACUACGUGCUUGAGCCCUUCAUUGCCUUUCUCUGCCACCAGCUGACUCGCCCGGUGCACCCGGUGCGGGCAAUGCCAGCAGCCAUAACAGCGCUGGCCACCACACUCAGGGACGUGUCGGCUCGCUCCAUCUUUGCCAAGGCGGAUGGUGUGCGCCUGCUGCUGCCCUACAUUGCACCCGUGGCUGGCCAGAACCAGAUGCAGCUGCUGUACGAGGCGGUGCUGUGCCUCUGGCUGCUCUCCUUCCACGAGCCUUCCCUGGAGGCCAUUCGCCAGGCGCGCAUUCUGCCGCGCCUCAUUGACGUUGCCAAGAGCUCCGCUAAAGAAAAGAUAGUGCGAGUGGCAGUGCUCACUCUCAGCAACCUGAUGACCCGCGGGCACCUGGGGGCAUCCAUGGUGGAGCUGGGGCUGCCCAAGGUCGUGCAGAGCCUCAAACUGCACGCGUGGCACGACGAGGACCUGAAGGAGGCUCUUGAGGCGCUGGACGUGGGGUUGAGGCACAACCUGCGCGUGAUGAGCUCGUUCGACAAGUACCGCCAGGAGGUGCUGUCGGGCUCGCUCGACUGGACGCCCAUGCACAAGGACGCGGCAUUCUGGCGCGAGAAUGUCAUGCACUUUGAGGAUAAUGAUUUCCAGGGUGUCGGGCAUGAGCCACGAGCCGUGCAUGCUGGCAGUGGUGGCAUGCCAUGUCACGACCUGGGGCAGUUCAUCUCAUGUCUUAUGCGCCUUAGACGUCUCAUCCGUCCAACCCCACUUCACCUUCCCUCCUUCCCUACCCCACACCAGGUGCUGCGAGCAUUGGUGGCCUUACUCGACACAAGCCACGAGGCAAAGACUUUGGCAGUGGCGUGUCACGACCUGGGCCAGUUCAUCACAUACCAUCCGGCGGGGCGGGGAGUGGCGCACGACAUGAAGGGCAAGGAGCGAGUGCUGCGCCUGCUGGACCAUGCCGACCCCGACGUGCGCAAGCAGGCCCUGCUGGCCGUGCAGAAGCUGCUGCUGUCUGCCAAGUAUGUCUCGUAUCUGCAGUGA